AUGGCUCCGCCUCUGAGCCACGAUGAGUUCUUCUCAUCUCUCACAACUCUCCUCUCCAAGACUACCGAACAAGCCCAUGGUUCCGUAUACUUGACCCAGAAGCCAUUGCCCAGCUCCGAAUCCACAUCUUCACCCUCAAUCCUCAUUCGCGCCUCGGAUGGCAACACCAAUGCGCCAAACCCCAAAUCCGCAAACCAGACUGGCAAGAUCACCAAGAAUCGAUCUUCGAAGGUCAAAUUCUCCACAGUCGUCAAGUCCGAAGAUCUGGACGCUUUCUACACUCGCUACGCGGAGGUGUGCAAGACUGGCAUGUCCGGCUUGAAGAAGCGGGAUCGCAAGCGCAAGACAAAGGCUAAGGGUGGAGCUUCGAAAGCUACCAAGGCAUAG